GUUCAUGCUACAGAUGUUGGCAAGCUCACACAGCCUCGACCGAGACGAGGGACCAAGACCAGGACCACGUGGCACGCACCCCUAGCAGGGCAACACCAAGUACGGAAGAGCAAUUGCUGGGAUUCAAAGUACAGCCGCUUAACCUUCCAGACAAGCUCGCAUCGCCCCUUCGCUGUGCAAUUCCACCCGUCUCACCUCAGCACGUCCAGCCCCUGCCUUGUUAAACAGACUCUACAACCUUCACGACAACCUGAGGGCGAUUGAUAUCUAGUCAAGAUGUCAGCAGCAACAGUAGAUGCAGCGUCGGCCUCGGCCCCAUCAGCAGUCGGGGACAGUGGCAACGACGGCGCUAAGCAGGCGCGUAACAUCAGCCGCGAUGGCUUUCCUGUCGCCAGCAUGGCGUACUACGAUCUCCUCGGCGUCACCGCCUCCUGCAGCGACCUCGAGCUGAAGAAGGCGUAUAGGAAGGCAGCGAUCAAGAACCAUCCAGACAAAGGCGGAGACGAGGAGACGUUCAAGAUGAUCGGCGAGGCGUACCGCGUGCUGAGUGACUCGAACGCUAGAGCAGACUACGACAAGCACGGCAAAGAGAAACCCAAGGAUGAAGUAGGCCUCAAAGAGGCGACCGAGAUGUUCGGAAAUCUUUUCGGCGGCGAGCGCUUCAUUGACAUCAUUGGCGAAAUCUCGCUGAUCAAGGACAUGGGCAAAGCAUCGGAGAUCAUGAUGACUGACGAGGAGCGCGAGGAGCUGGAGCGGCAAAUGCGUGAAGAAGCGGCCAAGAACAAUUCAUCAGCAGACAGUCCGGCACAGCAGCAGGCGGUGGAAGCGGAAGCGGAAGCCAAGCCUGCCGCAGCAGCAGCAGAGCAGCCGAGGGCCGCAGCAGGGAAAGCUUCAGGAGGGACGACAGCAGCAGCAACCGACACGUCGAUGCCUCCAAGCGAGGCAGCGGACAAGCGCAAGGCAGGAGCGGCGGCAAAACUCACGCCGGAGCAGAAGACGAAGCUGGAGGCCUUCGAGAAGGAGAAGGAAGCAGCGCAGGAGAAGCGCAUUGCGGACCUAACAGAGAAGCUGAUCGCGCGCAUCCGGCCAUUUGUCGAAGCGCGGCGUCUGGGCGAUGCGGCGGACGAGGAAAUUCAGCUGUUCGAGAAACGCAUGCGCGAGGAGGCUGAGGACCUCAAGCUGGAGAGCUUUGGCGUCGAGCUGCUGCACGCCAUCGGGGGUAUAUACAUGAGCAAGGCCAGCUCGUGGCUCAAGACGCACAGCAAGAGCAACAUCCUUGGCGUGCCGGGCUUCUUUUCGCGGCUGCAGGAGAAGGGCAAAGUGAUGAAGGAGGGAUGGAACCUGCUCGGCAGCGCCGUCUCGGCGCAGAUGAGCAUGGAGGACAUGGCCAAGCGCCAGGAGAAAGGGAACCUGAGCGAGGAAGAGCUGGCGCAACUCGAGCAGGAGAUGAGCGGCAAGAUGCUCCUCGUCACGUGGCGCGGGACCAAGUGGGAAGUGAGCACGGUGCUGCGCAAGGUCGUUAGCAACGUGCUGAAUGAUAAAAGCGUCGAUAAGAAAGCGCUGCUCAACCGCGCGCGCGCCAUCGCGUUCCUCGGCGCCAUCUACAGCCAGGUCAAGCCGGACGACGCGGACGACGAGCGCCGCGAGCUCGAGAGGCUCGUCGCCAACGCCGCCAGUAAGAAGAAGGACAAAAACAAGAAGGACAAGAAGGCCAGAGGCGAGCCGACCGUCGCCAAGGCUGCCGCUCCUAGCUCUGAGGCCUCCGUGGCCGAGUAAGUAGGAAAGCGUAGGUGACCAUUUCACAAUUAUCCACGGUAAUGAAUGCUCCCCACGCCACCGUUGACCUCAGUCAUAUCAGCAUUCCAUUAAUAGAAGAAUCG